UGUUGAAGAUUUCACAAGUGGCAGUGCAGUGCUGUACUGUUAGUCUGUAAUCUGCCGAGAGCUUCAACUUUUUAACUUUAGAUGGGUCGUAACUGAAGGAACUACACAUACACAGCCAUGAUAUGAAAUUAGUUAGGUGUUACAUUUCCGCUGAUUCAGAGGAGCUUCUUUGAAAACCGCAAACAGCAGAGCUGCAGAAAUAUAGGGUAGACCCAGAGACAACAGCCGAAAUGAAUCUUGCGGUGCUUUGUGGCACUCUGUUAAGUCUGAUGCUUCUCAAUCCAGGUGUGUUGGGAAGCACAGAGUGCUCGUGUGGCCGGAACCAUUUCACCUGUGCGGUCAGUCCGUUUGGAGAGUGUACCUGCAUUCCUGCUCAGUGGCAGUGCGACGGGGACAAUGACUGCGGAGACCACAGCGAUGAGGACGGCUGCAUGCUGCCCACCUGCUCUCCAGUGGACUUCCAUUGUGACAACGGCAAGUGCGUCCGCCGCUCCUGGGUGUGUGACGGCGACAAUGACUGUGAGGACGACUCUGAUGAGCAGGACUGUCCUCCGCGCGAGUGUGAGGAGGACGAGUUCCACUGCCAGAACGGAUACUGCAUCCGCAGCCUGUGGCACUGCGACGGGGACAACGACUGCGGGGACAACAGCGACGAGCACUGCGAGAUGAGGAAGUGCUCUGAUAAGGAGUUCCGCUGUACGGAUGGGAGCUGCAUUGCUGAGCACUGGUACUGUGACGGAGACACUGACUGCAAAGAUGGAACUGAUGAGGAGAAUUGCCCCUCUGACGUCACAACGCCCAGCUGCAGUAGCGAGGAGUUCCAAUGCGCGUAUGGCCGCUGCAUCCUGGACAUCUACCACUGCGAUGGCGACGAUGACUGUGGGGACUGGUCUGACGAGUCCGACUGCUCCUCCCACCAGCCGUGCCGCUCGGGGGAGUUUAUGUGCAGCAGUGGCAUGUGCAUCAACGCAGGCUGGAGGUGUGAUGGCGAGUAUGACUGCGAUGACCAGUCCGAUGAGAAGAACUGCACCACAUCCAUGUGCACGGCUGAUCAGUUCCGCUGCGCAUCAGGUCGCUGUGUGCGGUUGUCAUGGCGAUGUGACGGCGAAGACGAUUGUGCCGAUGGGAGCGAUGAAGACGGCUGUGAAAAGACUGAGACCCCACCCUGUGCUCCUGACCAGUUCAUGUGUGGGAAUGGCCGCUGCAUCGGACAGAGGAAGGUGUGCAACGAGGCCAACGACUGCGGAGAUAACACCGAUGAACACCCGCACCAAGACUGCCGCCCCAGGUCCAGUGAAGGGAACUGUAAUCUGAACAACGGCGGCUGCUCUCAGAAGUGCCAGAUGGCGAGGGGACAGGUCGUGUGCACUUGCCACACCGGCUACCGGCUCACCGACGACAUCAAGUCAUGCGAAGAUGUGGACGAGUGUGCAGAGGAAGGCUAUUGCAGCCAAGGCUGCACUAACACCGAGGGCGGUUUCCAGUGCUGGUGCGUCCAGGGCUACGAGCUGAGGCCGGACAAGCGCAGCUGCAAAGCGCUAGGUCCGGAGCCAGUUCUGCUGUUUGCCAAUCGCAUCGACAUCCGUCAGGUUCUGCCCCAUCGCUCGGAGUACACGCUGCUCCUGAACAACUUGGAGAACGCCAUCGCGCUGGACUUCCACCACAACAAGGAGCUGGUCUUCUGGUCCGACGUCACCCUGGACCGCAUCAUGAAGGCCAACCUGAACGGCAGCAACGUGGAGGAGGUGGUGUCUACCGGCCUGGAGAGUCCAGGUGGUCUGGCCAUCGACUGGAUUCAUGAUAAACUGUACUGGACGGACUCGGGGACAUCACGCAUCGAGGUGGCCAAUCUGGACGGAACCCACCGGAAGGUGCUCCUGUGGCAGAGCAUGGAGAAGCCCCGGGCUAUUGCCCUUCAUCCCAUCGAGGGGAAGAUCUACUGGACAGACUGGGGAAACACGCCGCGCAUAGAGUACGCCAACAUGGACGGCUCGAAUCGCAAAAUCAUCGCCGACACUCACCUAUUCUGGCCCAAUGGACUGACCAUCGACUACGCCAGUCGCCGCAUCUACUGGGUGGACGCCAAGCACCACGUCAUCGAACGGGCUGAUCUGGACGGACAGAACCGGAAGGCGGUCAUUAGCCAAGGCCUCCCUCAUCCGUUUGCCAUCACAGUGUUUGAGGACAGCCUCUACUGGACCGACUGGCACACCAAGAGCAUCAACAGCGCCAACAAGUUCACCGGGAAGGGCCAGGAAAUCAUCCGCAACAAGCUGCACUUCCCCAUGGACAUCCACACGCUGCACCCACAGAGACAGCCAGCAGGUGGGCAAAAUCGCUGUGGAAACAGCAAUGGAGGUUGCAGUCACCUGUGUCUCCCUAGCAACAAGACUAUCACCUGUGCCUGCCCCACAGGCUUCAAGAAGGUGGACAACUACAACUGUGCCCUGAGUCUUGACAAGUUCCUGCUUUUUGCCCGAAGGACGGACAUCCGUCGGAUCAGCUUUGACACCGAGGACAUGUCUGAUGUUGUCAUUAAACUGGCAGAUGUCCGCAACGCCGUGGCGCUGGACUGGGACUCCAGCGACGGGCACAUCUACUGGACAGACGUCACCACAGACUCAAUCAACCGAGCACUGUGGGACGGAUCCAAGCAGGAGGUUGUGGUUGACACCAGCCUCGAGAGCCCUGCAGGUCUGGCCAUUGAUUGGGUGACUCAUAAACUGUACUGGACUGACGCAGGCACAGACAGGAUCGAGGUCUCCAACGCAGACGGCAGCAUGCGCACCGUGCUAAUCUGGGAGAAUCUGGAUCGCCCCAGGGACAUCGUUGUGGAUCCCUUAGGAGGGUUGAUGUACUGGACUGAUUGGGGAUCCAACCCGAAAAUCGAGCGAGCUGGAAUGGAUGCGUCCAAUCGCAUCGUCAUCAUUGCCUCCAAUCUGACGUGGCCCAACGGCCUGGCCAUCGACUACCAAACCGAGAGACUGUACUGGGCCGAUGCCGGCAUGAAGACCAUAGAGUAUGGCAACUUCGACGGCUCUGACAGACAGAUAUUAAUCAGCACCCAGCUCCCACACCCGUUUGGCUUGACUCUUCACGAGGACAAGAUAUACUGGACGGACUGGCAUUCCAAGAGCAUCCAGAGUGCCAACAAGCUCACGGGUUUGGAACGCACCACACUGGUGGAGAACCUUGAGAACCUCAUGGACAUCCACAUGUUCCAUCGCCAUCGCUCAUCAGUGCGGACCCCGUGCUCUGUGAAUAAUGGAGGCUGUAGUCACCUCUGCCUCCUGGCUCCCCCUCCUAAAGGCUCCAGUUGUGCCUGUCCCACUGGCAUCAACCUCCAGGUGGAUGGCAAGACCUGUGCACACGGAAUGAGCAGCUUCCUGAUCUUUGCCCGACGCACCGAUAUCCGUAUGGUCUCUCUGGACAUCCCCUACUUUGCCGAUGUGGUCCUGGCUGUCAACGGCUCCAUGAAGAACACCAUUGCCAUUGGGGUGGACCCUAAAGAGGGUAAAGUGUAUUGGUCAGACAGCACACUGAAGAAAAUCAGCAGAGCCAACAUUAACGGGACAGCCCACGAGGACAUCAUUGCAACUGGGCUCAUGACGACGGAUGGGCUGGCUGUGGACUCCCUGGGCCGCAAGAUUUAUUGGACAGACACCGGCACCAAUCGCAUCGAAGUGGCUAAUCUGGACGGCUCCAUGCGUAAAGUCCUGGUGUGGCAGAACCUGGAUAGUCCUCGUGCUAUCGCUCUCUACCACGAGAUGGGGUACAUGUACUGGAGUGACUGGGGGGAGCACGCUAAGCUGGAGAGGUCUGGGAUGGAUGGCUCUGACCGAGUGGUUCUCAUCAGUAACAACCUGGGAUGGCCUAAUGGACUGGCCAUAGACAAGGCCGGCUCUCAGCUCCUAUGGGCCGACGCCCACACUGAGCGCAUUGAGGUGGCCGACCUCAACGGCCUCAACCGUCGCAUCCUGGUCUCGCCGGUCCAGCAUCCGUACGGGCUGACCCUCCUCGGCCCGCAUAUCUACUGGACCGACUGGCAGAGCCGCAGCAUCCAGAGAGCGGACAAGACCACUGGCACCAACACCAUCACCGUCAGGUCCAACCUGCCCGGACUCAUGGACAUCCAGGCUGUGGACCGUGAGAGGCCUCUAGGCUUCAAUAAGUGUAGUCGGAGGAAUGGGGGCUGCUCUCAUCUCUGCUUGCCUCGGCCCAACGGGACCUCCUGCGCCUGCCCCACCGGCAUCCUGCUCAAGCCGGACGGCCGUUCGUGUGACAACAGCCCGGAGACCUACCUGCUGUUCUCCAACCGCGUCAGCGUGCGGCGCAUCUCCCUGGACACGAGUGACCACACGGACGUGCACGUGCCAGUGCCCGAGCUACACAACGUCAUAUCCCUGGACUACGACAGCGUCGAUGGCAAACUUUACUACACCGACGUCUCGCUGGACGUCAUCAGGCGAUCCAAUUUGGACGGAACUGGUAUGGAGACGGUGAUUAGCCAGGGGCUGAAGACAACAGACGGUCUGGCUGUGGACUGGGUGGCCCGCAACAUGUACUGGACAGACACUGGCCGCAACACGAUUGAGGUGGCCCGUCUGGAUGGCACCGCGAGGAAGGUUCUGAUCAACAACAGCUUGGAUGAGCCCAGGGCAAUCGCGGUGUUCCCCAGCAAAGGGUAUUUGUUCUGGACUGACUGGGGACACAUUGCAAAGAUAGAGCGGGCAUACCUGGACGGAUCAGACCGAAAAGUCCUCAUCAACACUGACCUGGGCUGGCCAAAUGGCCUGACACUAGAUUACGACACACGCAGGAUCUUCUGGGUGGACGCUCACCUGGAUAGGAUCGAGAGCUCUGACCUGAAUGGAAAUCUCCGGCAGAUCCUGGUCACCCCUGUGUCCCACCCCUUCGCUCUCACACAGUUGAAGCCGGUCUCCUCCCCACUAACUCCUUUCUCCCGCAUCUCACAGCAAGACCGCUGGAUAUACUGGACGGACUGGCAGACCAAGUCCAUCCAGCGCAUAGAUAAGCACUCGGGCCGCAGUAAGGAGACGGUGCUGGCCAACGUAGAGGGCCUGAUGGACAUCAUCGUGGUGUCGCCCCAGAGGCAGAGUGGCACCAAUCACUGCGGGGUAAACAACGGCGGCUGCACACACCUGUGCUUCGCCAAGACCAACAGCUUUGUGUGUGCCUGCCCUGAUGAACCAGACGACAGGCCCUGCUCAACCAUCUCAGGAUAUGUGCCUGCAGCCCCUAGUGGUGGUGGCAACCCUAGCACACGUGCGUCCAACAAGAACCCCAAGCUCCCCACAGAGAAGCCCCAACGAGGACCUCCAGUGGUCAACUGCACUGAUAAGAGCCUGAGUGUGGAGGGAUGCAGCAACGUGGUGACCGCUCCUCAUGGUGAGGGACUCCAUAUCAGCUAUGUCAUUGGAGGGGCUCUUACCAUUCUGGCCAUUCUGAUACUCAUAGCCGCAUUCAUUAUAUACAGGCAUAAAAAGUCCAAGUUUGCUGACCCAGGAGUGAGCAACCUGACCUAUAGCAACCCCUCAUACAGGACAUCAACACAAGAGGUCAAAAUAGAGACCACCCAGAAACCACCCAUUUACAACCAGCUGCGAUACAAAAAAGAGGGCGUCUGCGACAACAACUACACCAAGGAGAAGAUCCGCAUCGUGGAAGGCGUGUGCCUGCUCUCGGGGGAGGAGCUGUACUGGGAGGACCUGAAGCAGCUUAAGGUGUGCCGCGGCGGCGGCCUGCACGCCUGCAUGCGCACCGACACCGUCUCGCUGCAGGCCAGCAGCGCCUCGCUGGACGAUGGGGAGACGGAGCAGCUGCUGCAGGAGGAGCAGUCGGAGUGCUCCAGCAUCAACACCGUCCCCGCCACCACCCCUCAGCGCCACGCCUCCACCCACCUCCCCGACACGGGCUGGGCCCCCAACCGCAAGCCCUCCACCGAGAGCGAGGUCUGACGCAGUGGUCAUCGUCAACAUCAUCGUCGUCAGGCCCAACACGCCGGAACAUACAUGCUUACGAGAACACAUACGCAUUUGGGUCUUCUCCCAAUCAUACAAUCUUAACCUGUCAGUCAGUCGGUCGCAAAGCCCUCCAUUUCUCAUUGUAUAUUGACUGAUGCAAAUGGAACCUAUCUGAGUACAACAAACACACACAGAUACACAUACACAGAGACACAUAUCAAGCCUCUUUUACACACGUUCGUAUUCCUCCGCUGCUUAGAAUGAAACACAUACACAAACAUACAUACACAUUAUGUACACAUCCAAGCAGGGUAGAUACUCAAGUAUUCUUGUGCAAUUUGCAAGCUAACAGACAUCCUCUCAGACAGACACUCACACACUCACACACACACACACACACACACACACACACACACACACACACCUAUCUUCCGCUGUUCCUUGGAGACCAACCGGCCUUAAAUGCUGGCCCUCCGUCCUGCUUACCAUAAGAACCCCCACCCAGACCCCCCUCCCGCC